GAUUCAAAUAUUCUAAUCAUUUUUUUGGUAAAAUUUUUUUUUUUGAAACUUAAAACGAAUUUAUUACUUUCAAUACCAAUCAUACGAUGCAAUAAUUAUACAAUUAUAUUUGCACAUAACAUUAACAUAUAUCUCACAAACUAGAAAUCAUUAUUUGACGUCAAUAAUCAACGAAUCAUUAUUUUCCCAAAACUUUCCAUUAUAUAUAAAUAAAAUUCGUUCCAAAAUUUCUACCAUAAUUUUAUUACAAAUUAUAAUCUACAACUUCCUUUAUGACAAUAUACAGAACAAACUAAUAAACCAGUCGUUUUUAUUUUUAUAAAAAAAGACAGUAACUUGUCCAAUUAUAUAUAUCAAAGUCAAAGACCAAAGAGAAGUCAACUAAACAAUAACAAGUUGUCGCAUUUGCCAGCUUGAAGAGUAGAGAAGACUCUAAGCUACUCAGAACUCAGAAGGUUCGAGGAAGACCAAAAACGAUUCCAGCUUUGAAAAUAUAAUAAAGGGAAGCAUACAUUCUUCUUAUAGAGAAUCAACCAAAUUGGGAGAUUGUAAUUGGAGCAGUACACUUCAACUUGCAUUUAAACCCUCACUUGAUCCAAUAAAAGGAGGUCCGGUCCCUUUGUCUCUCCACGGAGAAGUUUUGAUGGGUUUGUUAGAAUCUGUGAAAUCGAUCAACUGGGAGCUGGAAUCACCUCCGGUUUACCGGGACUUUCGUGUUCUUCCUCUCUUCGCUGUCUUCUUCCCUUCGGUUCGGUUCCUCCUCGAUAGAUUCGUGUUCGAGAAAUUGGCAAAACAUUUGAUAUAUGGGAAACAGAGACAGAAUAUUGGAGAUGAUGCAACGGAGAGAAAGAAGAAGAUCAGAAAAUUCAAAGAAUCAGCCUGGAAGUGUGUUUACUAUCUAUCAGCUGAGAUUCUUGCUCUCUCUGUGACUUACAAUGAGCCUUGGUUUAUGAACACUAAAUACUUUUGGGUUGGCCCUGGAGACCAGUCCUGGCCUGAUCAACAAACCAAGUUAAAGUUGAAGCUUCUGUAUAUGUUUGUGGCUGGAUUCUACACAUACUCAAUCUUUGCUCUUAUCUUCUGGGAAACAAGACGUUCUGAUUUUGGAGUUUCAAUGGGUCAUCACAUCGCUACUCUUAUUCUUAUAGUCCUCUCAUACGUAUGUAGUGAUGUGUUUCUUGAAGUUGGGAAAAUGUCUAAAUAUAGUGGAGCUGAAGGGAUCGCAAGCUUUUCAUUCAUUCUUUUUGUUAUGUCUUGGAUCAUUCUCCGCCUCAUUUACUAUCCCUUUUGGAUCCUAUGGAGCACAAGCUAUGAAGUAGUUUUGGAACUAGACAAGGACAAGCACCCGGUGGAAGGACCAAUAUACUACUACAUGUUCAACACUCUUCUCUAUUGCCUACUUGUUCUUCAUAUAUAUUGGUGGGUGUUGAUGUAUCGGAUGCUUGUGAAACAAAUACAAGACAGAGGCAAGCUUAGUGAAGAUGUUAGAUCCGAUUCUGAAGGUGAAGAUGAGCAUGAGGAUUGAUUGAUAACAAACGUAUAGGAGGAGCUUAUGAAAUGUAUAAACUUUGGCAUAUUCUCUUAAUGGUUCUGAUCACUGAUGGAUGUUAAGAGUGGAGACCGAGUCUUCAAACUCCAACACUGGACCAGCUCAUGGACAUAAUGGAUUAACCAUUUCUAAUUUGGCGAUUUAUUGAAUUGUACAUUGAACAGCUUCAGUAUCUGCUUUGAUUGUAUUGUAAUAAUGUAUUGUAUUGUAUUGUAUUCAUUGUAUCACUUCACUAUCAGUAACAUCAUUGAUAAAUCUGUAAAGUAUAUUCAUGUUCUUACCAAUAUUUUGGUGGUUGAAUUUUAAUUUAAACAUGGUUGAUAUUU